GCGUGCGGUCGUGUGGCGUGCGGCCGCACCGCUGUUGGGCUGCCGCUGACGGUCGCCGUGGCCGACACGCCUCCCGCCGCUCAACGUGGAGUGCCUCUUCUCGCCCGAAGCAUGCUCUUUCCGCAUCUAACCAGCCACUCACGACGCAAAUACCAAAACAAAACAAAAAGACACGUGGGACAGGAGGACAAAAAACAUGCGAGGAAGCAGCAGCAGCAGCAGUGCAACAGCGAACAAGAAAUGGAGGAGACUUCCCUCUUCCACUUCAGCAUCACACAGACUUAUUCUCUUGCCACCGCUGCUGUUGUACAUGGAUACAAACCGACACA